CAAAUGGAAUAUUCGAGCAUUAAACAAGCUAAAAACAAAUCUUUCUCUGUUCAAAUAAAAUGAUUAGUUUAAUAAUUCAAGUAGUGUCUAGAUUUAUACAAUGGAUACACCAAAAAUGAUUUCAAAUGAAGCAGCUUUUAUUUUAACUAAUUGUCAAGUCAAAUGCUGCGCUUCAAUGGCGAAACUAAUCUCUUUUUUGUUAAAACAUAACAAUCGCCAUUCAAUCUAUUUACUGUUAAGAUUGUUUGAAAUAUUCAAGUUAAAAAGGUCUUCCAAAAUAACUCACUAAUCUAAAACUACAGUAUUCAAAUAAUAAUUUGAUUAAAUAAAUUAAUUGUCCAAAUAGGUUAAGACCUAAUAUUCCGAAAAGUAUAUCAGGGCACAACUCUCUGAAGCCAUAGCUUUUGCACUUUUUAAUCAACCAACAAUAAACCAUAACAACAACCUUAGAGAUUGUAAUGAAAAUGGGCAGAGUCACAGUGAAGAUGGUCUUCAUUAACAGUGAAUUGGUCAAUAAAUAUGACUAAAAAAGAUGAUCAGAUUGAUUAACUGGAACCUUAAAGAGUAUAAAAUGUUGAUGGCAAUGACAUUAAAUCAUCAGUCUUCUUUAUUUGGAUCAAUACGAUUGAAGAAAAUCAAAAAUGAAUAUUUCUUUUUAUAUUUUGUUGCUUUUUGUUGUCUCGACUUGCGUUAGCAAACUUCAACCAAAACCUUUGGAUUCAAGUAUUGGUGCUUCUGGAAUCCAAUCCAGUUCAAGUGUUAACUCUACUAAUGUUGAGACUUUGCCCAUUCCCUAUCUUAUAAGGAAGACCAGAUCGAUUACCAAUUCUAGUUUUAGAACCUUAGUCAUCCAACGAAGAAGUGAAACCUGUUUCUCUAAGUACCCUGUAAAGAUGUGCAAUCCAGGCGAAAGUGCUUUGCAAACUGAAUCUAAGAAGAUUGAAUUGGUUUGUAUAGAAAAGAACCGACAUGCAUUUGUUCAAAUUUUGGCUGAAGAAUCUAAAAAACGGAUCGUUACUGAAGUUAUUGAUCUUUACAAGACUGAAACUUAUACUUACCAUCAACCAACCAAGUGCAGCAAUUAAAGCAUCAGUUAGGGAAAUUCCUUCGGCUCUUUUCCUUCCUUUUGUUCUGUUUCGUUCUUCUUGUUGUUCUGCCCAUUCAAACUGCAUAUACAAUCGAGUCCCUGCAAUUGUCCAUCAGUUGUACGAGGCCAAAUGAGGCGCGACAAUCGAAAGGCACCAAUAACAAUUACUAAUCAAAACACAAUUCAAUUCAUAAUUAUGGUUUUUUUAUUUAUAAGAGAUGGUGCUGGUAUCGGAUGGACAGCUUUAGAGACCGACAAAUUCAGUGACUCGACUGAAUUUUUAUCAUCAUAAAUUUAGCUUUUAAUUUAGGAAUGAAAGUAUUAAUGCAUUCGAAUAACGGUUUGAUCAAAUAAAGUAAUUAAAAGAUCACAAGACUUCGCCCAAUUCCUCUCUACAAUUUAUUCAUCCAACUAAUUAUAAUGACAUAGUGAAAUCAGCAAAAAUGAACUACUCGCAUCAAUUUUGCUAUCAACAUCAAAUGACAUUACAAUAGCAUGAAAGAAGCCAAUGCUUUUGAUGAAUAUCAAAAUUGUAUAUUGGUUUGGUUUGGAUUGAUGAACAUGAGACAAAUAAUGCAACUAGCUAACAAUUUUUUAUUAAUUAAUAUUGACAA